AUGCUGGCUGUUAUUGAUGCUUAUGGAAAUGUGACGCAUAACCUCAAUCAACAUGUCCCGUUCGAUGCACCCUAUCCGUCGGGUGAGCAUAUGCGCAGUCUUGUAAAGAGUGGCCCCGCUCGACGCGGGCAAGCUUCUAUUCAACCGCUUCAAGACCAGACCGACCAACCACUCUGGGUCCUUGCCCGGGGCGGCACAAACGUCCUAGCUCAAGCUCUCUACAAAAUCCAUACCUAUUUUUCCACGGCAGAGGCAGCAUUCAUUAGAUCCAAGAUCCGCGUUUACGCCAUCUCCGACCAGGAUGACACCGACAAAUUCUACAUCGCCUCCACGCCUGGCUGGAAUCAGUACGGUCUAGCCGCGUGGUCCGGUAUAUCUGGAACCUAUGACAAAGGCGGACCCGACCUGUCCAAGAUAACGUCGAAAUGGAUUCGUGAGAAUAUCCAAAUCGGAUCUUAUGGCAGGACGGUCUAUCCGGACUAUGAGUAUAUCAUGGAGGGUGAUACGCCUACCUUCUUGUAUCUUAUCCAAAAUGGGCUUGGUGUCCGUGAACAUCCAGAGUAUGGUUCUUGGGGUGGACGGUAUAUGAAGGUUACUCCGUCGACAGUUUCGAAUCUCACUCAUUACGCUGAUGCGGCGGAUCGAGUUAUUGGGUUGGAUAAUGAAAGUUAUAUCUCUAACUAUGCGACUAUUUGGAGGUGGCGAGAUGCCUUUCAGAUUGAUUUUGCGGCGAGGAUGCAAUGGUCAUUACCGGCGAAUAUUAGCAGGACUAAUCAUCAGCUGGUUAUUUCGAUUGAAGGAAGUGUCAGUCUUGCGCCUUUGAAUGUUAGCGUGGAGUUUAGAUCGAAGAUUAGCUUGAACGCAGGAGCGACUGAGGAUCCCGGUGGAGAUUCGUUGGCUUUUCGCUGGUUCCAGUACAAGGAGCCUGGAGCUGAUAAUUGGAAUGUUGCUGGCGAAGUUCCUGAAUUGAACAUCACUGUUUUGCAUGAAGGUCGGAUGGUACAAGUGCAAAUCCUUGAUGAGAAGUUGAGUUGUGAUGGGAUGAGUUUAAAUCCCUCUGGUUGUUGGUUACUGCAUUUGAUUCUUGAAGUGACGGAUAAUGGGUAUCAUCCGUUGACUAGCUACAAGCGAGUACUGAUGCAAACGACAAAUGUUACUUUGGAAUCUUGA